AGUACUGCAAUACCCAAACACACCCAGUAUGCUACAAAGACAGCCAGAGAAGGUAGCUACAGCGGAUGGCCUGAUACAGCAAGUCAUACCCCACAGGAACUUGCAGAGGCUGGUUUCUUUUAUGCAGGAUUUGGGGAUUGUGUCCGCUGCUUUUACUGUGGCAUAGGUUUACGUCACUGGACCAAAGAUGAUAAUCCAUGGAUAGAGCAUGCCCGCUGGUCUCGUAACUGUGUGUUUGUAAAACAGAAGAAAGGGGAGGAGUUUGUCAACCUCGUCCAACUUGCUGUUCAGUACUCCCAAGACAAUGAAGCUCAGUCCAACAGUAGUGCAGGGAACCAGUUACCAGCACAAGAAGUAGAGAGAAUUUUGCUCUCUGAUGCUGCACAGAGUGUGUUAGAGAUGGGGUACCAGCCUAGAAUUAUAAAGAAGGCUAUAGAACAGAUAUUACGACAAGAUGGUAAUUCAAAGAUCACAGCUCAGUUCUUGAUGGAGAAGGUAUUAGAGAUCGAAGAAGCAGAGAAUCCACCACAAGCUACAGCAGCUCCUGCGCAAGCACAUGCCCCUCCUGAAGCAGCUGCUGCACAACCACCAGCGAAACCUCCACCUCAGACAACUAAACCUGAAGCUGCAAAAGCUCCAGAGGGUGCUACUGUUCAAUCUAAUACAGAAAAGACAAAAGACCAAGACAAAAAAGGGAAAGCUUCAAUCGAAAACAAAGAUAAAAAAGAGGGCAACACCAACUCUGUUCCUAAGGAAGAUGAAGCAGCAUCACAGGAUCCUAAAGCAAUCAAAGCAGAGAAUGAGCAAUUGAAGGAGCAGACACUGUGUAAAGUUUGCCUGGAUAAUACAGUCUGCAUUGUAUUUCUGCCAUGCGGCCAUCUUGUAACAUGUGCUGAUUGUGCGCCAGCAAUGAGGAAAUGUCCAAUAUGUCGAGCUCUUGUCAAAGGCACAGUUAGAACAUACAUGUCCUAAAUCUCUGGUUGUAUAAUGUAACAUUUGCUCAACUGCUAAGUCUAACAUUUACAGAUGAUAUUUACAUAUAAACAAAAUCAGACAUAGGCACAGUAAUAAAAGAACAUUAAAAAGAAAUGUGAGUAUAAAAAAUCUGCUCUGGUUGUUACAACCAAAUUUCUUGUUAUCAAACUAUUUUUUCCAUAUUCUGGUGUAAUUGUACAAGGGUUGCAAAUGAUGUGGGGAAUAUUUUCUUCUUUUUUAUAUGUUUUUAAGGCAGAAAAUAUUUAUAUAACACUAGGCAUAUAUCAGCAAAGAUGGAUAUAUUUUUGAUAGACUACAGCCAACCUUCCCAGUCUAACAUGUGCAAAUUCAGAAAUUAGUCCUCUUACAAUAUUCCAGUUGGAGACUGCAUCUAUGAUCAGUUUCACAUAUUUGGAAUUUGCCUUUUAGAUAUAAUGUAUUAUAUCCUGUUGUACUUUCUGUAAGGAAUUUCAUACUUUUGCUCAAUUGAUCUGUGACUUUCUUGCUACCACUGCUGCAUUUGGUCAAAAGUUAAAGAAAUAUUUAUACAAUUCAAAAUGUUGUUAAUUGCUGCAGACUUUUAUAAAUCUUUUAAACUUGAUAAUAAGUGUUCAAAUAUCUUUAGCCGGUAUUUGCAUUGUCCUCAGCAGCUUUAUAAGGGUAUGGUAUUAAUAUUGAAGAGAACUUCACUCAACUUGGGGUAUAUGAAAAUGAAUGACCAAAGUUCUGUGUGUUGUAUGAAAUUUAGUUAAAUGAUAGUAUGUUUUAAAGGAGAAGAAUGGUAAGGUUGGGGGAGUGGGGUAUUGGGGUGAUUACUAAAGUAUUGUACUUUGUGGGAAAUUUAGUUAAAUGACAGUAUAUUUGAAAGGAGAAGAAUAGGGAGUGGUGAACAACUAUAGUAUUAUAUUUUGUGAGGAAAAUAGUUAAGAUGACAGUAUGUUUUGGUGAAAUGAUAUGUAACCUUUUAGCCUUUUUGUAUUAAACCCUUGUAAAACAGACUUAGUAAUUUUGAUUGAUCUGGCACCAGCAACUUUUAAGAAUUUUGGUUUCAGACUUCUGUAGCCUUCUUUUUUGAAGUUGUAAUACUUACUUUUUGAAGAGGGAAAUGGGGGUGGGGUUUAAAUCACACCAAUACAAUGUGUAGUCUAUCCUGUAUGUGAAAAUCAAAGGGGCUAGGUUCUUAAUUUGACUUAAAUAUAAUUUAGAUUGUAUUGACCUGAAGAAAAAUCAUUAUAGUUUGGCUACAAUAAAUGGUCACCAUUUUAUUUCUUUGAAUAAAUCAGUACUUCGUGUAAAGGCUAGUAAUAAAUAAAGGCUAGUUUUUUUUAUAAAACCAUGUACUACAUAUUCUCUGCUUUGUAUAAAGUCAGUUCUACAUUUGGACUGGAUCUUAGAAAACCAGGUACUAUGUUAGGACCACUUUGUACAAAGCAAGGACAGCUUUGUAGAAAGACGGGUACUACAUUAUAUCUGGUUUGUAUAAACCUAGGUACUAUAUUAGGACUGCUUUUGUAAAGCCAGAAUCUGUUUAUAUAAAACCAGGUAGUACAUUAGUAUUACUUGUAUAAAGCUGGGACAAGUUUUUUAUAAAACCAGGGGCUAUACAUUAGUUCUUAUAAUUCUUGCGUGAAUUCCUCAAAAUGAUCUUUUUCAAUGUAUGUCACAAAUCAAUAGAUAUCAAAAUGCUAUGCCACAGAUUCUUUGAUCAGAAGCAAUAUUUGUAUUACAGUUACAAACUGUGCAAUAUAUAUGAAUGAAUUUGAUAUUACAGAGUGGAAAUUUGGUGUGCUUCAAAUAUUUCUUGGACUUAAAUAAUGGAAUGUUGAGGUUAGCAAAUUUCAGUUCCAGAGUUUACAGGGUUUUUUUUAAUGACAACAUUUAAAACUUACUUCCUGCUUGUAUAAAGAUUUUUGAUAUUUUUCAGUUCAUUGCAGUACAAAUUUUUUUAAAUAAAUACUAUUCUCACAUUUUUCAUCUCGUGAAUCUUAUGUUCUUGUCAGUUAAUUCAUAUUUAACUAAUUUCAGUUUUUAUUCUUCCAGUUUAACAAUUUAAUCUAUAAGAAGUGGUUUUAAGCCGUUCAGAACUGCUUUUUACUAGUUUACUUUGAAAUUUUGAUCAAGUUUGAUAAUUUGUAGGCAAGUACAAUGUUGAUUUUUUGUAUCUUUGUUAAAACUGUCACCAGCAUGACAUUGUUUCCUCACAGGGAUAAAUUCUGUUUGUCUAUAUCAAGUUAAAAGCAAAGCCGAGGGCACUUUGCCAAUAUACAUUAAUAUAAAAAUGAUGUCCUGCAAAAAUAUGACACAUUAUGUAUGUCACAUUUCUACCUAAACAAAAUUAGACAGAAACAUUUUUAAAAAGAAUAUUUAUUCAAAAGAGUAUUAAGCCAGUAGUGUAUAAAAUUAAAUUGAACAUUCUACAUAUAGGUAGCCUCUAAGUAAAUGAAGCAACAAUCAGAUUACUUAUGCUACUGUUGAAAAACGGUGUUAAACCCAAAACAGACAAAGAUUACUCGUGCAUGUACAUUUGUCACGGGAGGGGAUCCACCAUAUGUAUUCCCAAAUGGGCACCGCUUAAAUUCAUAUGUUGUGCUUCCGGUAGUACAUAUGUGGUAAACAUUUCGCAGAAAAACAGGUGAGGUUUUUAUUUGUGAUUGAAUUUUGCGGAAAUGACAUUGUUUUGCCAAAAAAUUGCGAUGCAGUGCAACCGAGUAUACAUUAACUAACACGUAAGUGCAUUUACCUUACCUGUAUUUGUAGAAAUGACAGAGAAAAACUUA